CUAGCUCCGAUGGAGCUCCCCUACCUUGCUAAGAAGAGCAGCCAGGCAGUCCUGUGUGAUGCUGGGGACUGGCAUUCCGGAGGCCCUCCUGGUGGCCAGGCAGAUGCAGCAGCCAUCAAAGCUGCUCUCCGCUGCCAGAGACACUGUACGUCGACACCAAGAGCAGCUGAGAUGGAAGGGUCUAAACUUAGCCCUUCUCCAGCACCCCUCUCCUCCUGUCUGCAAGACAGAGUUAUUCAGACAGACUCCUUGCCACUAGGACCUCUCAACUCAGGAAACAACCAAAUAACAGCAGGGCGGAAAGUCUGCAAUUGCUGCAGCCAGGAAUUAGAAACUUCUUUUACCUGUGUGGAUGAGAAUGUCAACUUAGAGCAAAGGAACCGAUGCUCCCCUUCAGCAAAAGGGAGCAAUCACCUGGGAGACCUUGGCUGGGGAAAUCCAAAUGAGUGGUCCCAUGAGGCUGCCAUAUCCUUGAUAUCUGAAGAUGAGGAUGAUAUAAGUUCGGAAGCCCCGUCUUCAGGGAGGUCAGUAGACUAUGGUUUCAUCAGUGCCAUCUUGUUCUUGGUCACUGGCAUCUUGCUGGUGAUCAUCUCUUACAUUGUUCCACGGGAAGUGACCGUGGAUCCCAACACUGUGGCGGCCCGGGAGAUGGAACGCUUGGAGAAGGAGAGCGCAAGGUUGGGGGCUCACCUGGACCGCUGUGUGAUUGCGGGACUCUGCCUGCUCACUCUUGGGGGGGUGGUUCUGUCCUGUUUGCUAAUGAUGUCUAUGUGGAAGGGGGAGCUAUAUCGUCGCAACAGGUUUGCCUCUUCCAGAGAGUCUGCAAAACUCUACGGUUCUUUCAACUUUAGGAUGAAAACCAGCACGAAUGAAAACACCCUGGAACUGUCCUUGGUGGAGGAAGAUGCUCUUGAUGCACAGAGUUAAUUCUGGUUGUGAACUUCUUGAGGGUCUGUAUUAGCAUUUUCUAUGAAAACCAACCAACCAACCACAUUUCUUAAAAUUAACAGUGCAGUUUAUUUGCUUGUCAGGAAAUGCUUAUUUCCCAAACCAACAGCCAGUGAGUGUUUUUGUUCUAUAUGUAUUUUUUAUUUACAAGAAAAGCGAUGUUAAGAUUCAUUAAGAAACUACAACCAGCUACACCUGUCCUUCUAAAAAGCUGAGAUUAAUUAAUCUAUAACAGCUUCUAUUUCUAUAGCAAAAUAUUUGUAAUAAUCAGUGUACAAAUGAUUUCUUUUUCAUGAUAUGGGGUAUUAUUCUUUGGACUUUAGGAAUUCCUGCACACAGUAGGAUCAAUUAAUAGCUUAUUUUGUGAAAAAGAACCUAAGCACUAAUCACAUAAUAAGGCUUACAUUUAAUUCUCAAAGGUGCUUUUCCAUUCUCUUGCUAAAUUUUUUCUUCCUCUAAUUUGCCUGAGCACUAAAAUAUAGGGUUUUGAAUUUGAAUAUUUUGAAGCUUGAGGAUGUUGAUUAUUUUUAAAAAUGCAAGAACACAUAUGUUGUAUUUAAAGUUAUUCCUCUGCUCAGAAGUGGUACUAAGUCAUUAGAAUAAACUUUCUAGUAAAAG